GUCUAUGAAUUGGAAAAUAGAUCAAACAAUUAUUUGUAAUGGUUUUACUACAAAAAAUUAACACCGCUAAAUUUAAGUAUACAUUAUUUAGUCCACUACUAAAAAUCAAGCAUAGUAAUGAACUUAUCUGGUCAGCAACAAUCUCCGCCCGUCCCCAUCAAGCGACAGUGGUCAAUUGAGCCUUACGUAUAGAGGUCGCACGUGUAGUAUCACGUUUUAGGGUCUGUAUAAUGUGUCGUCGGUAUAUAGAGUUAUAGAGUCAUUAGACAGCUCGUCUUACAAACUCUCGCCUCCUCUUGGGACAAUAACAUCUUCUCGUUCUCAAAAGUCCGUAGUAAAGUUCAGUAAAUUUAUUAUUAAAAAAAACGAGAACAUUUUUUGAUUCAUGAUCGGUUUCUUUUCAAUUUUGUGAUGGACAUCUGACCAGUCAAGUUAUUGUUUCAAUUUUGGAUCUAAAAUCUAUCACACGUAUGAACAAAGUAGGUUUUUCUAAUUUUCAAACUAAAAAUAUUUUAUUUAUUGCAUUGUGAAUGAGGUAUUGAAUUCUUCAUGAACAUGUUUUGAUCUACUGCACUUUAAUACAUGUUUUACUGUUGGUAUGUUCCCAACGAUACCUUAAAUAGUUAUUGGUUAUAUAAAUUGUAAACGCACAGAAACAAUUCAUUAAGUUAAAACAUAUCUUAUUUCUAAUCAAUUUGGCACACGCUUCUAAAACUAUAGUCGCCUCUUUCCUACUUAUAUUGAUGAUAAAAAGAAUGUCGCAUGCAAAAUGGCGUGCCGGAGAAAUAAUAAAAUACAUUGUAUGUUCAUGUAACAAAAUAUAUAGUUUCAAGUAACAUAAAACAAGUUGAAAAAAUUAUAUCAAUUUUUAAAAAAAUUACGCAAUGUUUAAGCGUCAUUCUAACGAUUGCGCUUAAUGUCAAUAUUCUAUAUUAUUCAGACAUGGCUGGUAUCUUUUUGUCAUAUUAAAACUUUUGUUAUAUUUUAUGUAAAACUUUGCAACAUUUGGCAUCAACAUCUGCAGGGGGAAACAAUUGAAGUAUCUUUGUGCAAUGGUAUAUAAGUUACCGUUCUUUGCUGAAUUGGUGUAGUGAAGUUGUAAGUCCUCACCGGAUAACAAUGAUGAAAACUUUUGGAAUCGUUACCAUUUUCUGCUUUGCUUGUGUGGUGUGUAUGGUAUCAGGUAACCACGGAGGGAGAUCAGAUGAAACUAAGGUUGUACAACGCAAAAGACGUGAUUAUGACUAUCAUCUGCUUCAUAUGAUGACAAACCUCCAAAGACAAAUUUCAGCUGUUGAAAAAGAGAUGAAAAAGAGACAGAAAGAGGUAGCGUUCACUGUUGUACACGAUGGAACCGGUCAACGAAUAACACACCAAUCACAGGUCGUGAAAUACAACCAGGUCAAAUUCAACAUAGGCGGUGGGUACCACAAGUACAGCGGCUGUUUUGUUGCCCCUGUCAAAGGAACAUACGUGUUCUUUUUUUCAUUGGAACCAUAUCCAGGCACCAAAUCUUCAUUUGUGAUCACUGUUAACGACCGGGAAAUGCUAGAAGGAGUUUCAGGAGCAAUCCAUAAUGAGUAUAACAUGAGUAGUAAUAUGGUUGUAGUAUCCCUCCGCAAAGGAGACCAUGUGAAUGUCAUGACUCACCCUACCUGGAGUGUCGAUCCACGACAACGUUUAAGGUAUAGCGGAAACAGCUUCUCGGGAUUUCUUCUCUAUCCGAGAUAAUUUUAAAGCCCGAGAAUAUCUUCUCUAUGUCAGAGUUAAUUUCAUUGCUAAAAAUUAUGUAUAAUUAAAGAUUUUAGCAAUUACCAUUGAUUGGUUGAAUUUUAUUUUUCAUUAUAUAUUUCGGCUAAGCAUUGAUUAAGGACAACACGACUCAGUGGAAGUACCGUACCGUUCAAAGUCCUAUGGACGGGGAUAUCUAUUUUGAUGUGUUACUAUGCAUAGUAAUAAGACAGGCAGACAUCUCUCUCUCUCUCUCUCUCUCUCUCUCUCUCUCUCUCUCUCUCUCUCUCUCUCCACUGUACACAUAUUAAUGCAAUUCUAAUUCAUUAUUGUUUAGGUGUGAUUUUGAAGUCGGUAAAACAUUAAAAUGUAAUUAAUUUUUGAGCGACUAUCAAAACGACGUCUGUCCAGUGGAAAAAUUCAUUAGUAUAUUGAAUUUUGAAACAAGAUACAUAAAGUCAAUCUCCAACUUCAUCGAUAUGCCGCCG